CAACGAUGGCUGGACGAGGACGCGGACGUGCCAACACGCUACCGGCAUGGAUGACUAAGCAAGGUCUUAACGAGCCACCUGCUGGACCUUUGCCAGACUCACGUCCACCACCUCCUGCUGAAGGACCUCCGCCACGCAAUGGCCAGUUCGAUGACGCGCCCGAGCCGAACCGCGGCCCAAUGACACGCAACGACAUUGGUGUGCCGUCCGGUGGCAAGCGGCGCUCACGCUCUCGGGAUCGCGGAAACGGCCCCAACGGCAACAUGAGAGGACUGCCACCUAGGCAGGACCGACCCCGCUCGCACUCUAGGGAUCGAGGCAAUGGUCCCAAUGGCGACGUGAGAGGACCACCACCCAGACAGGACCGACCCCGGUCGCGUUCUCGGGACCGAGGAAACGGGCGAGACCGGGGCUAUGGCUACGAUGCGGACCGACGUCGGGAAGAUCCGUAUCGAUGCGGACCGCCCCGUGGACGCUCCCGCUCGCGUUCACGUGAACGUCAGGACUAUCGAGGAGACUAUCGACGUGGUGGUGACCGCUACGAAAACCGAGGAUACGGUUACCGCGGACCGAGAAAUGACGGACGGCCGAUGCGCAGGGAGGAGGAAGCCAUGGAGCGCGGCUACCGACGCCCUGCACCUAACGGACACGACGACCGCACGUCCCGCAGAUAUGCGUCGGACUACCAGCCGUAGACGCGAAGUAUCACCCAUUUUUUUUUUUUUUUGCCAAAGUGGAAGAUGCUAGGUGUUACGCAAAUGCAGGUCGAGUCGACAUCAUAUGCAACUUGAGAUGAAUGACGGGAUGGUGGGGUAUUAUAAUAGCAGGUGAGUGAUGCAGAUAGUCAUUGCACAGAGCUAGAGCUUUGGUGCUCGACGUCACGAGUAAAAAUAAAAGCACUCGAUUCUAUAAUUGGAGCAUGGUCGAGUUGCGUCGCAUUGUUGCACUUCG